AGCGAGACGCUGGGGAAGUUCACCGACGUGGGCCGCUUUGUCACCCUCACUACCCAGUGCCUGCACCGCCUGCCACCCCACGUCCAGCAGAGGUUUGUCCGUCUCAAAGGCCAGGACAAGCUGCCCGAACUGCUGCAGCUACUCAAGGAGCGCCCAGCUUCCGGCGGGGCUGUUCUCAUCUUCUGCAACAGCGCCAGUACUGUCAACUGGCUGGGUUAUAUCCUGGAUGACCACAAAAUCAAGCACCUGAGGUUGCAGGGACAGAUGUCAGCAGCUGCUAGAGCUGGCAUCUUUGCCUCCUUCCAGAAGGGUGACGUGUCUGUCCUUGUCUGCACUGACCUUGCCUCACGGGGGCUGGACACCAGCAGUGUGCAGCUAGUGGUCAACUAUGACUUCCCAGACACCCUGCAGGAUUACUUGCACCGCGUGGGGCGAGUUGGACGGGUUGGAAGCAAGGCACCGGGAGCCGUGGUUAGUUUUGUUACCCAUCGGUGGGAUGUGGACCUGGUGCGGAAAAUAGAGACUGCAGCCCGGAAAAAGACAGGUCUUCCAGGCAUGGACUCCUCUCUUAAUAAGCCUCUGCCUAAAGGAGGUUGA